AUGGCUUCCAGAGCAAUUGUGAGGAGAAACAAGGCUGUUUUUUAUUACUUCAGCUCGUCUGCUCGUUCGGUUUACAGUCUCCAUGGUCUGCCGCAUGGAAAUCAACAGUUGGAUGGCUUUGAUGCCAAUUGUCAUCAGCAUUCGGAGGUAGCUGACAGAAAGGAACUCAAUGGUGCUGCAGUGAGAAGAGCAGAAUUGGUUGGUGUUCUGGGUGCAGGGAACUUCAGGCAUAGAUUCCAUAGCAGUGCAGUUUUGAGCCCCAGAUAUGUGAGAUCAGAGUUCUUUGGCCCGCUGAGAUACAUGUCCAUCUCUUCUGGUAAUGCAUCUACAGCCGCAGCUAAGCAGCCCGAGCUUGGCAGUGAUGAGGAGGGUAAUGGAGAUUCUGUUUCUAAAAAGAGAAAGGAAGUGUCCCCAGAAGAUUGUGAUGAAGCAGUUGAAGGCCUAAGCACUGCCAAAGCCAAGGCAAAAGCCAAGAAGUUACAGGAGUCUAAAAAUUUUGCGAAAUCCGUUUUGCAGAAGACAUGGGCCAUUCUUCUGGGAAUUGGUCCUGCCUUAAGAGCUAUAGCUUCAAUGAGCAGGGAAGACUGGGCCAAAAAGCUUACCCACUGGAAACAUGAGAUAGUCUCAACAUUGCAGCAUUACUGGUUAGGCUUGAAGCUAUUGGGAACUGAUGUUAGGAUCAGCAUAAGAUUGCUGUUGAAACUUGCUGGAGGGAAGAGUCUGUCCCGAAGGGAGAGGCAGCAGCUAACACGAACAACUGCGGACAUAUUUCGUUUGGUUCCUUUUGCCGUAUUCAUCAUUGUACCCUUCAUGGAGUUUCUGCUACCAGUAUUUCUGAAACUUUUCCCCAACAUGCUGCCCUCAACAUUCCAAGACAAAAUGAAAGAGCAGGAAGCAUUAAAGAGGAGGCUAAAUGCAAGGAUAGAAUAUGCGAAGUUUCUUCAAGAAACAGUGAAGGAAAUGGCAAAGGAAGUUCAAAAUUCACGAAGUGGCGAGACUAAGAAGACUGCUGAGGACCUUGAUGAGUUUUUGACCAAAGUUAGAAAAGGUUCUUCCGUCUCUAAUGAUGAAAUUCUAAGCUUUGCCAUGCUAUUCAAUGAUGAGCUGACUUUGGAUAAUAUUAGCAGGCCACGACUAGUCAGUAUGUGCAAGUAUAUGGGAAUCAGUCCUUUUGGAACUGAUUCGUAUCUGCGGUUUAUGCUUCGGAAAAGGCUUCAAAGCAUUAAAAAAGAUGACAGGAUGAUCCAGGAAGAAGGUAUCGAGACACUUACCGAGGAUGAACUUCGUGCGGAAUGUAGAGAACGUGGGAUGCUUGGGCUACGUUCGGUCGAGGAAAUGAGGCAACAGCUCCGUGAUUGGUUGGAUCUGUCUCUCAAUCAUGCUGUGCCAUCUUCUCUCCUAAUUCUCUCCAGGGCUUUCCUUGUGUCUGCAAGAGUUAGACCUGAAGACGCAAUUCAGCAAACACUUUCAUCUCUUCCUGAUGAGGUUGUGAAUACUCUUGCCAGUACUGGUUUGCCAUCUGAAGAUUCUGUUUCAGAAAGGAGAAGGAAGCUGGAGUUCCUGGAGGAGGAGGAUAAACGUAUCAAGGAGGAGGAAGAGAAGGAGGAGGAAGAGCUUGCUAGGAUGAAAGAACAUAAAGUACGUGAAGAUGAAGAUGUGGCAUUGAAAGAGAUGACUACACCAACUGCUAGGGAAGCUCAACAACUAGCGAGAGAAAGAACUUUGGAGAAACAGGAGGAGCUGUGUGAGCUCAGUCGUGCAUUGUCCGUUCUAGCUGCGGCAUCAUCAGUUAGUAGGGAGCGUGAAGAAUUCCUGCGAAUGGUCAAUAAGGAGAUUGAGCUUUAUAAUAGCAUGAGAGAUAGUGAAGGCAUAGAUGACGAGAAGGCAGCAAUGAAGGCUUAUAGAGCUGCUAAAGAUGAAAGCGAGCAGCGUGCAGCUGAAGUGGAAGAAGAAGAAGCUGAUGAAGUUUCUUCAGCACUUAUUGAUCGGGUCGACGCCAUGCUCCAAAAGCUCGAGAAGGAAAUUGACGAUGUGGAUGCUGAAAUUGGGGAUGGUUUCCGACUACUUGACAGGGAUUAUGACGGAAAAGUCACUCCUGAAGAAGUGGCAGCAGCAGCAAACUAUCUCAAGAACACCCUCGGGAAGGAAGGCAUCCAGGAAUUCAUCAGCAAUCUGGCAAAGGACUCUGAUGGGAAGAUUCGCGUGGAAGACAUUGUGAAGUUGGGGAGUCGUUUGGAAGAGGAGACUGGCGAGGCUGAAGAGGAUGAUGAACGGGCCAAGUGA